GUUUAGCCCACCACCUGAAAUCCUCAUUAGUCUAUCAGUAAACACAAAAGCACACAACUAAACAAACUCUAAAUCACAUCCCUAGCUCUCCGCGCAGCAGAUCACGUGUCUCUCACAUGGCUCCGGAACUUACUCAAACCCCCGCUGCUAAAUCCACCGUGACGAUAGCAAAACCGUCUCCGAUGAUCCAGGGUAGCGAUCGAGCUUACGUGACGUUUCUAGCUGGUAACGGUGAUUAUGUCAAAGGAGUCGUUGGUUUAGCCAAGGGGUUGAGAAAAGUCAAAUCGGCGUAUUCGCUCGUUGUUGCUAUAUUACCUGACGUUCCGGAGGAGCACCGUCGUAUCCUGGUGGAACAAGGCUGCAUUGUCCGUGAAAUCGAACCCGUUUACCCACCCGAGAACCAAACUCAGUUUGCCAUGGCUUAUUACGUCAUCAACUACUCUAAACUCCGUAUCUGGAAGUUUGUGGACUAUAGUAAAAUGAUAUAUUUAGAUGGAGACAUUCAAGUUUACGAGAACAUCGAUCACUUGUUCGAUCUUCCUGAUGGAUACUUCUACGCCGUGAUGGAUUGUUUCUGCGAGAAGACAUGGAGCCACACGCCGCAAUACAAGAUCGGAUAUUGCCAACAGUGCCCGGAGAAAGUCCAGUGGCCAAAGGCAGAGCUUGGAGAGCCACCGGAUCUUUACUUCAACGCAGGGAUGUUCUUGUUCGAGCCUAAACUCGAGACUUACGAGAACCUACUAGAAACUCUUAAAAUCACUCCUCCGACUCCUUUCGCUGAACAGGAUUUUCUGAACAUGUACUUCAAGAAAAUCUACAAGCCGAUUCCUUUAGUGUACAAUCUCGUCCUUGCCAUGUUAUGGCGUCACCCGGAAAAUGUAGAGCUUGAUAAAGUCAAGGUGGUGCACUACUGUGCAGCGGGUUCGAAGCCGUGGAGAUACACAGGGAAGGAAGCGAACAUGAACAGAGAAGACAUCAAAAUGUUAGUGAACAAAUGGUGGGACAUUUACAACGAUGAUUCCUUGAAUUACAAGAAACCUGUAGCCGUUGUCGACACAGAGGCCGAUCUGGUGAAUUUGAAGCCGUUUAUCACCGCUCUUACUGAGGCUGGACGCGUCAACUACGUGACCGCACCGUCCGCUGCUUGAAUGUCAUCAGGAGUUAAAAUUGUCUGUAAAUUAGGCAGUUUUGUUUCCGGCCUUCAUGUGUCCGGUGGACAACCACACAUGCCGUCUCUGGUUUCAACUGCUUUGGACAUUGUCGUGUGAUUUGAUUGCCUUUUUCUUAUUUGUCUAUAACGUGUGUAUCAUCAAUUUUCACGUGUAUCUUCGAAUCUCAAGCUUGAAUAAAAUAUUCCAAAAAACAGCCCAACUUCA